GUUUGAGUGGUGAGUUGAAAGCACACGCUUAAUGUUAUCCAAUAUUAAUGGGCACUAUAUAUCUAUCUAUAUCCAUCUCGAUCUGUUCAACCCUUCACUUCAAUAUAUGUAAUUAAACAAAAACAACAAGAAUAAUUAAAUAAUGACUUCAAGAUUGAAAAAAUGCAUUCUUGUUGUUUUAGCAUACCUUAUGGUGCUGCAGAUGUGGGGCCCCUAUGCCGCCGCAGGAGCAGCCACUAGUCGGAGCUUACGCAGUGACCCACCCGACGAGAUGGUGCAGAGGUACGAAGAGUGGAUCGGCCAGUACGGGCGAGUGUAUUCAAACGAGACCGAGAAAGCGCAGCGGUUCACGGUGUUCAGAGACAAUGCAAUGUUCAUUGAUUCCUUUAAUCAGGCCAGAAACCAGUCCUUCACUCUGGCUAUCAAUGAGUUUGCAGACUUGACCAACGAAGAGUUUCGGUCCACCAGACUGGGCUACAUUGCGCCACCGCCUUCCGUGGUCACAACGCCGUUCAUAUAUGAGAACAUCACCGCCCUUCCCCCGACAGUGGAUUGGCUUAAGAGUGGAGCGGUCACUCCCAUCAAGAACCAGGAGCAAUGUGGGUGUUGUUGGGCAUUCUCCGCCGUGGCGGCGACAGAGGGACUCACCAAGAUUACCACCGGGAAACUGAUAUCGUUAUCGGAGCAGCAGCUGGUGGACUGCGACCAUAUAAGUCACGGGUGCAACGGCGGAUGGAUGCAAGCCGGAUUCAAGUACAUCACGGAGAACAACGGCAUAACCACAGAACAAAACUACCCGUAUGUGAAGGCGCAAGGGCCCUGCCAGCAGAACAAGGCCUCCGCCAUGGCAGCCAAGCUCGGCGGCUUCGUCAACGUUCCCCAGAACAGCGAGGCGGAUCUCAUGAAGGCCGUGGCGCAUCAGCCGGUGUCCGUGUCCAUUGACGCCGCCGGACAAGAGAUGCAGUUCUAUGGUGGAGGGAUUUUCAAUGCCGCCUGUUCGACAAUAAUCAACCACGGAGUCACGGCGAUCGGGUACGGGACAGACCCCGCCGGGACGAAGUAUUGGCUGAUCAAGAACUCGUGGGGGGCCAAUUGGGGAGAGCAAGGUUACUUACGGUUGCUCAAGGAUAACGGUGUUCCCGAAGGAAUUUGUGGGAUUGCCACGCAAGCUUCUUUCCCUCUUCCUGCCAAAUGAUACAGGUGGAAGCCCCGGGUGGAAUGUCAGCUUAUGGUUUUAUAAAUAAUAAAUCACAUAUACUAUUACCAUUUGAGGAUGGUGUUGAUCUGUUAAUUAUAUUAGAAUUAGAAUGCAUUGAUACUAUCUGCUCCAUCUACACAAUAACAUACAGAGUAUUGGGAUUGUUUGUCCAUUUUGAAAUGAAAUGUGACUUGAGAG